GUUUGUUUACAGUGGUUUACACGGCUCCCUGCGCUUGGUGGUGUUACAGAUAUGGCUGUGGAUAUAACUUUGCUUUUCAAAGCCAGUGUCAAAACAGUGAAAACCAGAAACAAGGCGAUUGGAAUAGGCUUCGAUUCUACCAAAGAUGAAAUUUUCAAGAGGAGCAGACCGAAGAAUGGCUUCUCUCCGAAGGCGAAAGAAGUGAUCACAAACAUCACCAAGCUCAAAGACUUUUUACUACAACACAGGAAGGAUUAUGUGAGUGCUGGAAGUCUCAUCUCAUCAGACCUCUCCCGCAUGACAGAUAAUGAACGCGAUCAGAUUGACCAGGAUGCCCAGAUCUUCAUGAGGACAUGUUCCGAGGCCAUCAAGCAGCUACGCACUGAAGCUGAGAAGCAGGUGACAUCAGCUCAAACUAAAGAACACAGAGGUGCUGUCUUGGACCUCAUUGAAAUGUAUUUGAAAGGAGUAUGUAAGCUGUAUUCGGAGCAGAGGGCCAUACGAGUCAAGAGAAUGGUGGACAAGAAGAGGCUGUCACGACUAGGAUCUGACCAGCACAGGCGUGUGGAGAAAAUAGCAGAUGAGGAGCCUGCGGAAGAAAGGACUUUAAAUGGGGAGAGUGUAGACAAGAGUGCUUCAGAGGUGCUGGAUCACAGCGUCAACCUGUGGGAAGAGGGCAGAGUAGAGGACGAGCUUUCUCCCGAGGAGAUCCAAAUGUUUGAACAAGAAAACCAGAGGCUUGUCAGUGAAAUGAACAACCUGGUGGACGAAGUGAGACAAAUUGAGGGGAAGGUGGUGGAAAUCUCAAGACUUCAGGAGAUCUUUUCGGAGAAAGUCCUCCAACAAGAGACGGAGAUAGAUAACAUUCAUCAAUUGGUCGUGGGUGCAACAGAGAACGUUAAAGAAGGAAAUGAGGAUAUACGGGAGGCGAUCAAAAACAAUGCUGGCUUCCGUGUAUGGAUCCUCUUCUUCCUGGUCAUGUGCUCUUUCUCGCUGCUCUUCCUGGACUGGUAUGACAGCUAAUGGAGCCCCCACCAUGGACCAAAGCACGGUGAAGAUGAUGACACCUCAGACUGAGUCGUUUUGUUAUGUUGGACUAUAAAGUCACCAGACUGUUAACAGAGAUUCCGACGGCCUCCUCAUGGCCAGAGUUAGUCAUCUGUUAAACAUUUGAGCACAUUGUCCACUUUAACUGUUGGAAGGAACGAUGGUCCUCAGUGGCGGUAGCACCAAAAAACAUUUAUAGUCACGUCAAUGUCCGACUGAAAAACAGAUGUACUUUCUGUUCCUCCUCCUCCUUUUUAACAACAACAUUAAUGUACUUGAAGUUUCCCCACAGGCUUGUUAUUAUAAUGGCUUUGCGGUCUUGUGGUUUUUUUUUAUGUGUAACAAUAAUACAGGCUGUAUGUCCAUAAGUCAAACAUUGAGAAUGGUCUGCCUGCAUGCCUGCAGAAGCAGAAUGGAUGACUAUUAAAGCAGCUCAUUUCUCACUUUCUUGUCAUUUUGACAGGUUUGACCAUCCUUUUUUGGCUUCAGACUAUAAUUUGAUGACAGAUGAUAAGUUGAACUCUGUCAAGCUUGUAGAUCAGAUCAACAGCAGCAGGCUUCUUCUGCUUAUUAUUUGCUGAAAGGGAUAUAUAAUUUUCUUUUGCCAGGGGUGUUCAGAGUGCUGCCCGAGGGUCAUUUUUAUUGUCAUAUUUACUCUGCAUAUUCUGAUAAUUAAAUUAUUCAAAUUAAAUAUUACACUAUUUUGCCAAUUGGCCUACAUUGGAUUGGUUUGUAGCAUCUUUUCGGCACAAAAUGGAUUUAAGUUGCCCUUUGAGUUUUUCUUUAGGCAGUCCUUGCUGGAGAAAGUCUGGACAUUGCAUCAUCUUAAUGUACGAUUGUAAAUGCACCACUAAAUCAUUAUGUAGAUUUGGCAAGGAUGUUGGUGGGAAACGUGGGCACUUUAUUUCAAUUCUUCAUUUAACAUUUAAUGUAGCAAAUGCACUUCAAUGGUAUUUAUUACAUUGUAUGAAAAUUAGGCAUUUGUGACCAUUUAACAGACAAGUACAGGGAAAAAAAAGCAUCAGGACAAGCAACAAACAAAGUAACAUCAAUGCUGAUGUUGCACAAUACAGAGUCGUUCCUAUCAAAGCAAAAA